CGCGCUUGCAACACCUAUGCUCGUUUGGACGUGCAUAGUCGUGACCGCGUGCUUGCUCUCUCUCUCCCUCUCUCUCUCACUUUGGGGCUUCUUUUUUCCACACCGUCCUCUCCAUAUCGCAUUAUCACACCGAUGGUUAUACUAAACAACGCCCCCUCGCUCUUCUCUGUUGCAGGAUGUUCGGCAGCACAGGUGCCUGCGCAGCUUGUGGCCAGACGAUAGCCGCGACCGAGCUCGUCACGAGGGCGGGCGGCAACGUCUUUCACCCCAAGUGCUUUACCUGCACCAAGUGCGGCACGCAGCUCACGCAAGGCGACAGGUACUACUUGCUGUCGGGCGCGGCCGUGUGCGAGACGGACUUCAACAAGAUGAUGAAGUCGUCGCCGGUGGCGGUGGCGGCGGCGGCCGCGGCAGCAGCGACGGGCAACGGUGGCAUGCCCACGAGGAAGGGCAAGGUAGGCCGGCCUCGAAGGAGCCGCGAAUGAGGCGGCAACCCGGUCGGCCGCCCGAAGAAGGUCCAGCCAACGGCACCGACGCUCCCCGUCGUCGUCGCAGCGGCUCUCCAGCCGCAGCUCGAUCUCGUGGACGUGGCCGCCGGCGGCGAGGCCUAUUCACCGCUGCCACCGGGUCACCACCACCACCACCACCACCACCACCAGCACUACCAGCAGCAGCAUUCGGCUACGUCGUCCUCGUCUUCUUCUUCCACCGCCGCGACGAUGGCCAGCAUGAUGCAGGGCCUCAAUCCUCACCAGCAGCAGCAGCAACAACCGUCGCCCGGUGCCUCGCAUCAGGACUGGGUCUGGACGUCUGAGCUCUGUGAAUGAGGGACCUAUGAUGUGCAGUGCAGUGCUUGCCCUUCCUCCCCCCCCCCCCCCCCAUCAUCUAUUAACUAUACGCUAUCCCUGUAUUUCCUGAUUUCCGAGCUUUCACCGACUCAACGAAUCUCGUGAUAAUAAUUACAGCUUCCCUUCCUCCCUACGAGUCCCGACGACUGAAUAGCGAGACGAGCCCAGUCAAUCGCAUCGAGCUUCUUCUUCUCUCCCACGAAAGUUUUCCUUCAUUUCCAUUCUCUCUCCCCACAAGCGAUGAUCGCCUCUCGUCGUACAAGCAAUAAAGAGUGAGACAGGCUGAUGAUGAUGAUGAUGAUGAUGAUGAUGAUGAUGAUGAUGAUAAUACCCCUCGAAGCGGAAUCGUAUGAUCGGAAUCGUUUCAUGUAAAAUAAAAAAUACACACACACCACUAUAUAUUAUGUACGCUAUGCAUCGAGAAUCUAUAGAUGCGAAACUGAGUAACGAGACGUAUGGAGGGGAGACUUUGCCGAAUUCUCGCGCGUCCACGGUGAAAAAAAUCAUAACUCCGUACACUCGCACGCAUACACGUACACACACACUCACACACACACUUGUAUCUCAUUGAUAUGAUAUCGUAUAAAGCUCGUAUUUUUCAUAUAAUCCGAGAACUGAUGUAAAUUCCAAAUGAAUAUUUUUCAACAGUAGCUCGUAAGCUUAAACUUUAUAUAGCAAGUAAGCUAGCUCUUCUUCCUUUCGUUUCUCGUGGACAAAACUUGUGUGUAUAUAAUAAUUAAUAAUUAAUAAUCGAUAAUCGAUAAUCGAUAAUGAUAAUACCGAAAGAAACACUCUACUGUCGAACCUGAUACAUGCCGGCUCGCGUGCUACCGAAUUCCGUCAAGUUUCCCCCACCUGACAAUCUCCAAUAUGAGCGUGGGCGUCUGCGUCUGCGCGCGUGUGUGUGUGUGUGUGUGUGUGUGUGGUGUGAAAGAAUACUCGAAGAAGCUCGCGCGAGAAUCAAUUGUGAAAACGUAAGAGCUCAUCCGCAAUAAGUGUAAAAUAAAUGUAUAAUCUUAACUGGAAAACAAUGAAAAAGUGUAAACUACCAAUUCAAAGUUAUAGGUAAACUGAAAAAAACAUACAACAAAAGACGCGUUCGUGGCCAAUACCGUGCGCAGACUAUAUCUAUCGGUGAGUGUUUUUUUCCCAAUAGCAAUACUAUAGAGGUCAAUCAGUGAGUGAGCGCGCGCGCACUUGAAAUAAAUGAGAGAGAGAAAGACAAAAAUAAUAGCACAGUACUGGCCCGGACGAUGAGAUUCCGAGGCUCUCGAUAAGGAGCCGCAAGCUUCAAUGUAAACUGUACGAUACAACUGGUCGCUGUUACUCGUUUACUCGUUCCGUUUAAAAUAGCCAACUCUUUUGCAUGCAGUUAAGUGCGGGGGUGUGCAGUUUCAAGCUCUUCAACAGAAUGAGUGAGAGAGAAUGGGAGAGGGAGAACGCGCGGAAGGGAGUCGAGGAGCCAAGUGUCUUAGCCAAGUCCACGAGUGAAGAAUUCUCAACGAGUUGCCGCCGCUGCUACUGCUGGCCGUGAAAGCCUCGCUCGAGCUUAUGCACAGAGCAAGAAAGAGCUGCCUCGAGGAUCGCUUUUCCUUUACGUUUCUUCGGCGCAAGCUCGCCGUGCGCGCGGAGCCGAACAAGCAACGAACACACGCGGACAAAUAAUGGAGAGAACCGCCGCGCGCGAGCGAUCAGUCGAACGGAGAAAGAGAGUGUGUGUGAACGAGAGAUGACGACGAUGAUGUGUAAUUUAAACUUGUAUAUAGAUGAGUACAUUUUGUAUAUUGUUAAAGAUUUGUGUGAUAUAAAUGGUUAUUUACAGUCGACGAGUCAGACGCUCGUCGCGGGAAACGCAUCGACUGGCUUUCGUGCGCGCCGACGCGAAUCGAGUGUAGCGCUUUUGCCAAAUCGUCUCGCCGAGAUGACGAUCAUAUUGUGCAUCACACUAAUACGCAUCACGCAUUUCCGGCAACGGUUUUUCGCGAAAGCGCUCUUCCCCGAUCGAGCGACCGACGAUCUAGAAUAUUGAGAUAAUGUUCGACGGAGCUGCGUUGGUUGGCUCGAAGAGUUUCGUCCUCUGCGUUUAGUUAAUUUUGUUAUUUCAUUUAUCUCGACUUUUAAAGCCAACCCGGCCCCGAGCAGCACGCGCCAGGUCGAAGAGAGAAAAAGGGAGGCCCUCUCGGGGCCGCGCCGGCGAGCUCUUGUAAAAUAAUACAACGCGAUACACGACGCAAACACAAACACGUUUAUUAAUUAAUAAAGAUACAAGUUUUUAGAAAGUU